UCUUGUUCAGUCUGUCAAGGAACAGAAAGACGGGUACUCCAAAGGAGAGAAGAGAUUGAUUGUUGUGGGCCGCUUCCGUGUCUGGCAGAUUGGAAAAAAGGCCAUGGCUGGUCGGGCGGUCGUCAAAGUCAUCCACUUCUAUGACAUAUACGACAUGGCCACGAAUGAUCCGACCACCAUGCAGAUUUUCUAUAAGCUGGAUAGGGGCAAGACUGAGAAAAACACCCUCGUUCGAAGCUUUGAUAUACCGCUUAUUCUGCGUGCGAUACGCGAGGGAAUCCGUGAUAGUCUAUACGGAUUCGACGACGUCCUUAUUAUUCGUGUAGUGCAGCGUGAUGCAGUGCUUUUGCCUCUUGGCAAAUUUAAGCCUCAGAAAUGUGGCCAUUACAUAGAGACGUACGAAGCUCAUUGCGAUUGGCUGGGGCUGAAGCCUCACCCGAAUGUUCACCGAUAUAUAGACGGUAUUUACCGCUUAGGGCUGACCGAAGUGACACUGGAUGAGAUGCCUGGGGUGCUAGAUGCUGCUUCCCCAGACUGUGUGCCGCUAGAACCCAUUCUACUGGCUCUGCGAUACAACACAUUCUUUGAAGGGGUGGUUGCUCUCGAAGCCUCGAUGAUGGACAGGAAUCUUGCUUCCAUUAUGGCGCAAGUCGUGACUACGAACACUAGAUUGGAGAAAAUUGAAAUGCGCAACAGCGGAUGUAGCUGGGCCACUUUUUUCAAUGGACUAAAGACCAACACACAGCACAUGGUGAACGACCUCUGUCUUGCCGGGAGUAAGUUGGGCGCUCAUUCAGUGGCCGGAUUGUGUGAGGCAAUCAAAGUAUGGCCAUAUGGUAUUAAAGCACUCGAUUUCGCUGCGAGCGGAAUAGAUGAUAAGAAAAUGCUUUCAUUCUGCCAUGCGAUGAGGUGCAAUCUGGGUGCAUCAGCCACUAUUAAGCAACUGACGCUUUCGGACAAUAUUCUUGGUGAUCUCGGGUCUAGUGCGCUUCAGCAAUGGAUGUCCGCUGCAAAUACCUCUGCAGCGCUACAGGUCCUCGAGAUGGAGAAUACAGAUAUUAACAUGCACACCAUCGCGCAAGGGCUGUGGGAUUUGGGAUGUCUCAAAAACUUCGACGCUCGUGGAUGCAGCAGAAAGAUGACUGAAGAUAGACUAUACACUCUGAAAGAGACGUUGACCAAAUCUAAUACGAUCAGUGUUCUGGGGUUGUCGUCGGACGGUACAAAAAGCACAGCUGACGGGUCAGGCAAAGAAGACAACAUUAUGCCUUUGAUUAGAGCUUUCCUGCGAAAUCCACGCAUCACUGAGGCCACACUUCGAUUGACUGGUGUAGCGGAUGGACGGCAGCUUGUGUCUACACUCCAGGGUGUGGACACGCACCUGCUCAAACACAUAGAUCUCUCGGGAUGCCAGUUCAGUGAGGUAGACCUGGCAGUGCUCCUCAACGAUGUGGCCAGCACAUGCAAGAAUUUGGUGACUCUGGUGUUGGAUGGAUGCUGCAAAGAAACGUCUGGUUCCGGCGGAGGCACCAGUGGAUAUACCGCCAGUACGAAAAAGGGGGCGGAUGCACCUCUGGCAAUCUCUUUAGAAAUACUCAUGGGUAAUUGUCCCAACCUGCGCCGCCUGUCGCUGAGAGGAGGCUUCUGCAAGGCUCUGAUCGGCUGCAUGCGGGCCCUGGGCGAGUGCAAGACUAUCACACACCUAGACAUACGCGAUAAUGCCGUGGGAGAUGCACUGGCAUACGAUCUAGCGGUGGCACUGGACAAGAAUAGAACACUCACGCAUCUGUGGUGCUCAGAGAAUGACUUCACAGUGAAUGGAUGGGCGUCUGUUCUGAGUUCACUCACCCACCAAGCCGUGUCGCCAGUGCUACAGUAUAUCCAUCGACCUGUGGAAGAUGAGAAAGUCCAUGUCGGCAAAGGAAAUGUGGCCUUUCGGCAAUACACAAACUUGAUUGACAAGAUCCAAAGGGCUGUUGCAGCACAAGGAGGAAAUACAAAAGGACCACUGACCGAUGUUUGGGAGCCUAAGCCGCCGAGUGUGCACCACUUGUCCUUUGAGCCACGGCUAUCGCUACCGCAAUCGUUGAAGGAUGCCCAGGAGUUUGCCAUCGCGAAUGGUGAAGCGGUGGAAUGGGUCACAGGAGGGCAAGCACUGACGCAGUUCGGGAAGCCUAAGUCCUCCAUGGAAUCAACUGGUGCCAAAUCUGGCGGACCAAACAGUCCUGCCUUCAGUGAUGCCAGAUUCCAAACUUUCGACUUACACGGGUGUGAUGGUGGUGAAUAGACGUACUAGUUUCGCUCAGCAAAACUGAACACACUAUGCAGCUAGACUGUACGCGAUCGCAGUUGUCUAUACCAAUAACUACAGCUGCGGGGGCAUAUAAUAAGAUAAUAAAUCGGGGCCGG